CGUCAGCUCAUGUGUACGGAAGAGCUGCAGAAACACGUUGGACGGUGUAAAUUGCAAUGAUGAAGCACGUAUUUCUGACGGGACCUCCAGGUGUGGGGAAAACCACCCUGGUCCAGAAAGCCUGUGAGGCUUUAGUGUCAUCGGGAGUGGGAGUUGAAGGCUUUUACACAGAGGAGGUCAGGGAAAGAGGCCGGAGAGUGGGCUUUGAUGUGGUCACACUGACAGGAGCGAGGGGCCACCUGUCCAGAAUCAGAGACAGUAGAGAGAGUGCGCCUCACGGCAGGCGGGAGUACACAGUUGGCCAGUACGUGGUCGACUUGCCUUCAUUUGAAAAUCUGGCUCUCCCCCUCUUCAGAAAUAUUGGUUCAGUGGAUGGAAGCAGCAGUGGGAAGGUGUUUGUCAUUGAUGAGAUUGGGAAAAUGGAGCUCUUCAGCCAGUCCUUCAUCAGGGAAGUGAGACAGGCUUUAGAUAGCUCUUCCUGCACCGUUCUGGGCACCAUCCCGAUCCCUAAAGGUAAACCCCUGGGUCUGGUCGAAGAGGUGCGGAACAGGAGAGACGUCAAGGUCUUUACCGUGUCUAAGGAGAACAGAAGUGCUAUUCUACAAGAGAUCUUAGCGGCACUGCAGGAAUGUUUAAAGACUAAAGCCUAAUGUGGAGCUUCAGAACCACUAAAAAGGAAAACCCCUGCAGCUCGUGUGUGGCUCUUUGCUGACUAGGAGCCUUAUAUGUGUCAGCACUGGAGCAGUUCAAACAGCCAGACAAUUAAAAGGAUCUACGCACGCUUCGCAACCAGGGUUGCGACCUAAGCUCAGAGGCAUUCCUGGCUGUUAGCGUGUUGCAUGCAUUUAUUUAUGUACACAAUUAAUUUUUUUUUUCCCUUUCUCAUACAGCCUCAGACUCGUGUGCAUUCUGAAUAAUUGAUUGUGAGAUGGAACAGCGGGGAAGUAGUUCAGUUUGUGGGGUAAAUACGUCAUCCUCCUGGAGUCAAAGCCCGCUUGGUCCGCAAAACAGGUCUUAUUGUUUAACUGUCUUAUAAAGACACCAGAAGGCUUUUCUUUCUCCUCUGUUUGUAUUUUAUUAUUAUUAUUAUUUUUUUUAACACAAGGUCAAGUGGUGCUGCUUGUUUUAAUAAAGGGGCAAACAAAGCUGCGCCCCUGUUGAUUCGUUUAGCUCUUUGCUAUGCGAGCCUCCGUUUGUCUUGUCAACCUGAGGCUGUCCUCAUUGAAAGUCAAUCAAUAUUUAACGAUGCAGCCAUCCUUUCAUGGUUUAUUCAUUGUCUAAUGUGAACCAAAAAUAAAUAAAUAAAUAGUUUGUUUUUCUCUGGUA